AUGGCAAACCUUAUCAAUUUAUCACAAUUUAAUAAUUUAUCGGAACGUUUAAAUAUAGAUAGAUUAAAAUCAGAUUUUUCAUCAAUUCAACAAACAUUAUCAAAAUUAAAACCACCACAAGAAUUUUUUGAUUUUAGAAGAAUAAGUAAACCAAUAAAUUUUGGUGAAAUACAACAAAGAAUAAGUUAUAAUUUAGGUUAUUUUCAAGCUAAUUAUUUAGCUAUUGUGUUAUGUUUAUCUAUAUAUGCAUUAGUUACAAAUUUAUUAUUAUUAUUUGUUUUAGGAUUUGUUAUCUUGGGUAUAUUAGGUAUAAAUAAAUUAGGUGGUGAAGAUUUAGUUACACCAUUUGGUAGAUUAAAUACAAGUCAAUUAUAUACUGGUUUAUUAAUUAUUGCUAUUCCAUUGGGAUUUUUAGCAAGUCCUGUUUCUACAUUAAUGUGGUUAAUUGGUUCAAGUAUUGUUGGAGUUGGUGCUCAUGCUGCUUUAAUGGAAAAACCUAUUGAAACUGUUUUUGAAGAAGAAGUAUGA